UUCAAAUCUCAUCAUUUCAAGCAAAUCACAUACAUUUUCAUACUAUUUCAUUCAUAUUCACAGAAAUGGAGAGCCCAGCUGCCGGAAAAGUGAAGAAAGGAGCCGCCGGGAGGAAAGCCGGCGGGCCCAAGAAGAAGUCAGUGACUCGUUCCGUCCGAGCUGGACUUCAGUUCCCAGUAGGAAGAAUCGGGAGGUACCUCAAGAAAGGCCGUUACGCUCAGCGUGUCGGUACUGGUGCACCUGUUUACCUUGCAGCCGUUCUCGAGUAUCUUGCUGCUGAAGUACUGGAGCUGGCAGGAAAUGCGGCGAGAGACAACAAGAAGAGUCGGAUCAUUCCGAGGCAUUUGCUGUUGGCAAUCAGGAAUGAUGAGGAGCUUGGAAAGCUGUUGGGAGGAGUGACAAUUGCUCAUGGAGGAGUAUUGCCUAAUAUUAACCCGGUUUUGUUGCCCAAGAAGACAACUGAAAAGGCGGCGAAAGAGCCGACUGCUAAGGUGGCUGGAAAGUCUCCGAAGAAGGCUGCCAAGUGAUGAUGUUUCUCAGGCUGAUGUUAUUGUGUUGGAAUAGUUAGUGUUAGUAAAUGGAUUUAAGUGAUAGUGUUAGGUUGGAUUAGUUAUGGUUAUUUUGUGAUUAGGUUGGAUGUUGAAAUGUGAUUAGAGUUAACAAGAGUUAUGGAGAUUGUAAUGUUUAUUCUUAUAUAUAUAUGGAUUAAUAGUGUUGAUUAAA